AUGCCUCAACAAUACCGUGUCAUUUUUGCCCUUAGUAUUUUAUUGUUGGUCGUUGCCUUUGGAGGAUGUGCAAAGGCUGUCCUAACAGAAGAAGAAUUUCAGCAAUAUAUAACAAACUCGUGCCCUUCGAAACCUUUGGAUUGGGUACAAUGGCUGGAGGAAGAGGACGUACUGACCAAUAUUAUUGCAAGUGGGAAGGCUGACCAAUUACCGUUGAGGUAUCCGAUCACCCAGCCGAACAACGUUUUUGUUGAGGAUGAUGUAUGGCCACGAGAGGCUCAACAAAAGGUUGAAAUAUCAAAGCCCCUUAAUUCCUCAACAACACCUCCCUCACCUAUUUAUAAUAUUCCUAAUUUCGAAGUUCUUCUUUCAUCCAACAACACUCCAUCAAGUAAUGCUACCCUCAACAACAUACUAAAUACAACAACGGUUCAAAAUUCUUCCACUCUCCUCAACUCUAAUGGUACACUAUCAAUAGCGAUCAACACAACACUAAAUAACCCUCCACAAAUUCAUCAGACACUCUCAGUUACGAACAAUACCUUAACUCUCAAUGACACAUUAGUUGUGUCUUCUCUUUUCAACUCGACUAAUACCACAGCUGCAGAUUACAACAACAAACAAACAAACUCUCAGAAGCAAGUAAAUGAAACAAUUUUACUUCCUUCUCAAACAUCCCCAUCACAAAACAACUCGCUGGGGGUGCAACAACAAUCGAACGUGUUAGAUCCGAAAAAGAGAUCUGCCCAAAAUGUUGAGGUCGUCAACUCUUCACUUCAGCAACAGUCAACAAACAAAAUAACGCUUGACAGCAGGUCUCAGCCUACCACAUCUCAGCCUCAAGGCAAUGGGGCCCAGAAAACACAGAUACCAAAUAGUUCUUCCUCUAAAACGCAGAUAAAUAAUUCAAACUCUCAACAGAAUUCGCAAACAACAUUCAACAAACAAGCUGACCUACAAAUGAAGACUAGCAUCUCUUCCAUUCAAAGUCAAUCAACAACAACUAAACAAUCAAGCAUUGUAACAACAAUAUCAAACGGUUUUGAUCAGAAACUGCAAUCCCUUCAGGCAGCUCUUUCAUCAACAAAAACUGUCUCUCAACCUGUCAUUACUCAAAAGAUAGUAAACAUCAACAAGCAAAAAGAUUCAAGAAUCCAACUUGCAAAUAAUAUUGACCAAGCUUUGAAACAGCUAGAACAAGAUAUCAAAGAGCAAAUUCCAAGUAACCCAAAACCUGACUUCAAACAAAGUCUUAAAAUACUGCUUGGUGAUAUUAAGGGAGAGGACCCAAAAUCUCUUCAACAAUCAGACUCCGUCAGAUGUAGAUCUGUAUGUCCCAAACGAUAUGAAAAACGAGUAUGUAAGACCAAGAAUAAUACAAGAGAAGAUAUAUUGGCAGUGGAAGGAAAUAUUUUCAACCUAGGGACAGCUAAUCCUUCAACUGUCAAUCUUGGACUUGUUGUUGGUCUUUCAGUCUCUGUUGUCAUAUUAUUUAUAUUGUGUUGUUGUGGAAGUUCCAUAGCAUGUAUUGUCUGUUAUGCAAAACGAAAGAGAACAAAUUUCUUCUCUAUUUACCAAGCUAAGAAUGUACAAAAUUUGCUUGACGGUCACUUACCUGAACGGAAUGACGUGGUUAUUGACAACGAAGACGACAAUGAUGAACCUUUAGAGUAUCAGAAAUCAUCUUCAGAUGAAUCCUCCAAUGAAGAAGAUUAUGUCGGUGCCUUGGACGAGACAGAAUUUGUUUAUUAA